GAUGGCUGCUUUCAGCACUUUGGUCUGUGUGUGAGAGCACAGCUGAGUUUCCCAGUGUGUGUUUGUGGAAUGUGAAGGUGUGUGUCAGGAUGAGUGUUCCCAUGUUAAAGAUUGGUGCAGUGCUCAGCACCAUGGCCAUGGUCACUAACUGGAUGUCCCAAACCCUGCCGUCGCUGGUCGGGCUCAACGGAACCAUCAUUUCCUCCGAGGGCACACAUGAGCGGAUUGUCAGUGGACUGUACCCCGGCGCGGAGGAAGGCUGGCAGGUGUACAGCACGGCCUCGGAUCCCGAUGGCAGGUGUGUGUGCACGGUUGUUGCUCCCGCGAGAAACCUUUGCAAACGAGACCCCCGCAUUCGACAGCUCCGCUCCCUAACUGAACAGGUUCAGAAUGUGAGUCAGUCCAUGGAGGUGGUGGACCUGCGGACGUCCAGAGACCUGCAGUAUGUUCAAGACUCGGAGCCGCUGCUGAGAGGAGUGGACGGACGCUUACACACCUUCGUGUCCAAUCCCCGCUCGCUGACGUCCAAGGGCCUGCAGGAGUUAAAGGGCCAGAUGUCCCAGCUACGGCCUCUCUUUACGGUGGUGGAGCAGUACCGAUUAGACCUGCAGACGCUGGGCACUUUGAGAAUGGAGCUGCUGAACCUAUCAAUCAUCCUGACAGCUAUUCAGGAGGAGAUUGGAGCGUACGACUAUGAGGAGCUUCAGCAAAGGGUGUUGCUGCUGGAGACCAGGUUACACAGCUGCAUGAACAAACUGGGUUGUGGUCGUCUGACUGCAGUUAGCAACCCAAUUACCGUGAGAGCCUCGGGGUCCCGCUUUGGCUCCUGGAUGACUGACGCCAUGAUUCCCAGCUCCGACAGCAGGGUCUGGUCGAUGGAUGGUUACUACAAGGGCAGACGUGUGCUAGAAUACAGAACCAUGGGCGACUUCACGAAGGGACAGAACUUUGUUCAGCACCUGUUGCCCCACCCCUGGGCGGGAACCGGUCAUGUGGUUUACAAUGGAUCUCUGUAUUACAACAAGCACCAGAGUAACAUCCUGGUUCAGUACAGCUUUCACUCUCGCAGCGUGCUGCUCCAGCGCAGCCUGAGCGGAGCCGGAUACAACAACACCUUCCCUUACAGCUGGGGAGGAUCCUCCGACAUCGACCUCAUGGUCGAUGAGCUAGGACUCUGGGCUGUUUACACCUCCAUCCCAAAUGCUGGAAACAUCAUGGUGAGCCGUCUGGACCCUCGCUCGCUGGAUGUCCUCCAGAGCUGGGACACGGGGUUUCCCAAGCGGAGCGCAGGGGAAGCUUUCAUGAUAUGCGGCACCCUGUAUGUCACAAACUCCCACCUUGCUGGAGCGAAGGUCCACUUUGCCUACCACACCAAUACCUCCACCUAUGAGUACACCGACAUCCCCUUUCACAACCAGUACUCUCAUAUCAGCAUGAUGGACUACAACCCCCGGGAGAGAGCCCUGUACACCUGGAACAACGGCCACCAGGUGCUCUACAACGUCACGCUGUUUCAUGUCAUCCGCAGUGAUGGCUAGAGUGACAAGAAAAAUUAAUGUUUGUUUUUUUAAGGAAAACUGAAAAUUUUAAUGCACACAUAGCUGCAGAUACUCACAUAGACGAUGAGAUUUGCUGUCAAAAAGAAAUGGAGUCAAAUCACUGUUUGAAUUUGAAUGAUUUCCAGGCUACAAGAUCACGGCGAGCUGACAAGACGAACUGUAUGACCAUCAAACGGACUACUCAACCCCACUUCUGGACCAAGGGCAGAAGUCAAAUUCACUUCAAUAUCCUUACAUGUCAAGAAGUGAUUUUCAAAGCAAAAUGAUUUUGGAGAAAAAAGACAAAUAUUCCGAUUGUAAACAGAUUUCCACCUCGCUUUAGAAGUUGAGCUGUGAUGAUGGCCUUGUUGAAGAUUCCAUGGGUUUGUGAUGUGAUCGUGGGCUUGUUUAGUCAGCAUGAUUGUUCAUUCAAUAAACUUUACUGUCAAAUUUU